ACUGGGUAAUCUUGUUGUAAUGGCGUCUUCUGAAGUUUACAAAGUUGUCCUUUCUGGCGGAGCUCCUUGGGGUUUUAGGCUCCAAGGAGGGAAGGAAUUCCGUGCUCCUUUGAGGAUUGCAAAGAUCACACCAGGCAGUAAGGCACAACAUGCUAAUAUCUAUGAAGGGCUGUAUGUACAGGCUAUAAAUAACCGUCCAAGUACAGAACUGACGCACAGUGAUGCACUGAAUAUUGUCAAGAAGAGUGGAAAUCAAUUGGAAUUGGUCCUGUGCUGGAAACCUGAUUCCAGUGCUGCACAAUCAUCUAGUGCUGGGGCCUACACCACAGAGGAUAUCAACAGAGGAACACAUGUUUCUAGGGCAACGUUCAAGCCCUCUUCAGAAGCACCCUCCUAUGCUACCUUACCUAGAGGACCAAUGACAUGGAAAGGCGAUGUUGAUGAAAACUUCAAUAGCACAUAUGUAUCUGAAGCUAAUAGCAGGUCUGAAUGGGACCCCAACAUUAUAUCUAAUGUUACAAGGCCUCCUCAACCAAUCAAAUUGCUGACCAAUCCCGAGUCAAUCAGAUCUUCAUCUUCUGUUACUACAGAAUCUUCUCCAUAUUCUGAGGGCCGUGGACAUAAAGGAUUUGAAAAACCACAGCCUGUUGGUCGAGGGGCUAGAAGAUUUGAUGAGCCUUCUCAUGAAUCUUAUGGAUAUAAGCCACCGUUAACAUCAGGCUCUAUUGGUUCUGAUGAAGACUUCAACAUGGCCAAUGGUGAAUCAAGCAGCCAGGAUUCUGGUCCAUACUAUGCAAGCAUCAACCGACCAGCCAUGAAUCAGUUUAGAAAACAAAAAAUAAAUGCUGAAAUUGAAGCCACAAAAGAUCCCAAACCUCUUCCCAAGAAGGUGCCUCCCCCACCCCCAGCCAAGCCUGAGAGGCGUUACCCUAAUAUACUAGAACAAGAGAAAUACAAAGGACCAAGUAGACCUGCCAUAAAGAAAGGUAACAAAUGGUACAAGGAGAUGUUUAAAGAGAUGCAUGCAACAGCUGGAGCAUCGUCCAACUUAUCUGCAUUACUGGCUAAUGAUGCAGCCAAAGCAGGUGAUGAACACAGAGAAGAGGAACUUCAUGAACGACCACCAUUACCAAGUGACUUUAUCCACCCCAUGCAUGCCAGACCAGUAGAAUCAAUAAAUGAAGAACCAUAUAAGCCAAGUUAUACCAGCCCAGUUGUACCAGAGAGACCAUAUGUUAGCCCCACUCGCACUCAACCAGUGUCCCCGCCAGGGGGUCAUCAGCGGGAUGUAAAUGUUCCAGCAUGGUAUCAGGAUAUGGUUAGAGGAGAACAGAUUCCCAAAGAAGAGCCGUUGUCGUAUGGGGUUCACAGGAAACAACCCUCAUAUGAUUCUGGUGAUGAAGUUAAGCAUCGUAUCACAGCAGGUCCUCAUCCUCCAGUCCAUGCCAAUAGACCACCUGAUUAUGUUGCACCUUUGUCUCGUUCAGCUGCUGAUCGUCCGAUGUAUAAAACUGUUCCCACUACAGUAACAGUACAACAAGAAGAAAGAUCCAAACCCCCAACAGCUACCAGCAUGUAUGAAAGCCGAUUCAGAGGCCAACCAGUCCCUAGUAGCAGAUCUGCAUCUGAAGAACUAGGUGUUAAACAAAAGCCACCAUCUGAUGAAGAUUUAUUAAGAAAACGCGAAGAGGAGGCCCGACUAAGACGAGAAGAGGAGGAGCGCAGGAGACAAGAAGAGGAACGAGAGAUGAUACGGCAACAACAAGAAGAAAGACAAAGAAGAGAAAGAGAGGCAGAACAAAGAAGACGAAAGCUAGAAGCUGAAGAAGCUGCUAGGAAAGCUGCUGAAAGACCACAGUUUUUUGCUAUGGCUUUGUACAACUUUGAUGCUCAAAAUCCAAAGGAACUGUCAUUCAGAAAAGGAGAUUAUAUCAUCGUGAAGAGGCAAAUUGAUAGAAACUGGAUUGAAGGAGAACUGAAAGGAAGAGUUGGAAUAUUUCCAACCAAUUACGUAGAGUUGAGACCAAUUGAAGAUGAAGAAGAGGAAGCGCCUGUUGAAUCACCACCCAGUCCAUAUGUUCCUGUUGAAGGAGAAGCUAAGGUCAAAUAUAACUUCAGAGCAGAGUCAGCAAGAGAAAUGAGUGUAGGAAAGGGUGAAAUAGUGACUUUGACAAGAAAAGUGGAUCAGAAUUGGUAUGAAGGAAUAUCACAAGGAAAAAAAGGAAUCUUGCCUGCUGCUUACUUGGAGGUGCUGCGAGAGCCUGGACUAGUUCCCAAAGCAAGUGUGUCACCURAAGGCACAGAACAGCCAAAGAGACAGGAACAAUUCAGACGGGAGGAUGUAAUAAUGAAAAAAGAAAUGCCUAAAGUUUCCCACAUGCCACAGGAGGUUACUGAAAUAAGAAAGACAACAACUACAACUACCACCUAUGAUCGGUCAGGCCAACCAACUAGUUAUGGUGAACCAAUUAGAGUUACUYACAGUAAUCAGCCUCAGAUGAGAGGUGGGCCCUCACAGCCUCAACCUCAAGUACAGUACAUCAGUAAGGAGCCUGAACCUGUUGUCUUACCAGCACAGGUUGUAAUGGAUGAGCCUGAGAUGUUCCCAUUGGAUGGAGAAAGGUUUAAAGCAACAUACAGUUACCGCCCACAGAAUGAUGAUGAGCUUCCCCUUGAAGAAGGUGAAGAGGUGAUAGUGUUGGAGAAAUGUGAUGACGGCUGGUUCGUUGGCCAUUCAACAAAAACUGGUUUAUUUGGAACGUUCCCAGGCAAUUAUGUGGUUGCAUUAUGAUGAAUCUGGCACAGCAUUGAUUGGAGCAUGAAUAUAUUGAUGCCAACGUAAUGAGAAGUAGAAGCAAUAUUUUUAUACCCAAAUGAAUACUGCUAUAGCAUAUUGAGUACAGAUCUGUAUAAAAUAUAUUCUUGACUAAUAUUCUAGUGGGGAGGGUCUUCAGGUGAUCAAUCUCGAAGAUAAAUUAACGAUGAGAAAUCUUCUUUCAGUAAUUUUUUUUGCACUAUUCCAAUGAGCUGGUGUCCAUUGGCUACUAGUAUAUUAUAAUUUGUUGGGGRAAAAAACGAGUAAAAUCGUCAGAUCAAAAGAAUGCCACCUUAAUAGUCCCCUUCACAGUUAUCUGUACCAUCUGAAAGGUAACCAUGCCUGUGCAUCAGUGAGAAUAGUGGUGACCUUGCAAUGAUAGAGGCAUGAAUAAUUGUCCAAGGUGUUAAAAAUCAUUGCAAGGUCACCGCAGUCCUCACUUCGAUGCAUUACCUUUCAAGAUGACGCAGGAAACGUUGAAGGGGACUACCCCAUAGUGCCCAACAUAUCUUCUAAUUACAUGGACCUUGGUCACACUGCAGUAUGCUCAUGCCAAUGAGAAUGAAAAUACUUUGUUUAAUCCUGCAUAACCUUGUCUUGAAAUGUUGAAUGCAAGGCUAAGCAUGGAAAACGUAUUGUUCCUGUCAGCAUGGUUUCAGCGUGAGAAAGGUCCAUGGUCUGUCUUCUUGGCACUUUGCGAAAUCAUUAACAGUUAGGGAAGGUACGUUUUUUAUUGGGGAAAGGGGGAUUCGCAGUAAACAUUUUAAUGGUUGUAGCCCUCCCAUUUUCACUCAGUAAGAAACUCAUGAUCCUCCCUUAAAGUCAACAAGGAAAGCGCUUUUUUUCAAAAAAGAAAGGUUUGACCCUUUACAAAAGUUCAAACUUUUACUGAUGUCCCUCUCCUCUGAAGCCCCACCCCCCCUCCCCACAGUAAAAACGUACCUUCCCUUACUCCGAAUUCCAAUGCUUGCCCUAGAAUGAAUGGUUCCGUUAUAUUUCAUUCCCUAAUCCAAAAUAGAUGAAAUUCUUUAUGAUUGAUCUCGCUUGCCGUCAAUCGUGAUGAAUUUCCCCAGAAUUUGAUACAUUCCCCUUAUUUGCAGCUGCUUAUAUCUGAACUGAGUGUCUUGGAAUAUCCAAAUAAGUUUUCCCAACUGACUGUUUGUAUCAGUAGUUGUAUAGCUUUGUUUUCUAAGAGAUCCCCCCCUCCGCCCAAUAUAUGGUGGCUUGUUCCCCAUUAGGGUAGCGGGUGGCUGCUAUGCCAAUAGAAUAACUAACUCCCCAGUUGCAUGCUUGCCUUUUGUCGUCUUGAACGCGUUCAUCCUGUUUCCAAGGGCCUUAUAGAGUAGCCGAGUAUUAGGGAGCGCAAACUAUGAAUUUGUAAAUUUUAGAUAUGUAAUUGAAAAUAAACAAAUGUUUCUAAAUCUUC